AGAGGGUGGGGGCAUCGACAGAGAAAGCCCUGUCCCCCCCAGGUUCGGGUUCAGGCUGUAAGAAGAGGGAUACCCCGGCCCGCCCCCUCUCCUAUCUCUACUUCUGGAAAGUUUUGGUCUGUCCCUUCUCCCCAUGUUUUGCUGACGAAGAUAAACUGUGGGCGUCUGCGUGGAAGGUGUUAGGGAACACCAGCCGGGACAUGGGAUGCCUCACAGAUAGACAAGCCUAAUGACGCAAUGGGUUUACGCAGUGCAGCUUGAAAUUGUGAGAGACAGGAUAAAACUUGCAGGGUUUCCCACGUUUCCUAUGACCAAAAGCAGGCUGAGGACUCGGAAACUGACAGAUAUAACGUGACAGGCACAGCAAACGCUUUCCCGAGUUGUGGAAAGUGGCGUCUUCGAAAACCAUGGACCAACAAACUUUCUUGAUGGCAUACGCUGUGGUACUUUUCCUAUCUUGUGUUUUCACUGCACGAGCGCGCAUACAAUCCCCUAUGUUUGACACUUUCAUCUCCAAAGAGCCCCACGGAGGAAGCCGGAAAGUUCUUACUACAAUGGGCAAAGAAUGUAAAUUCCCAUUUCGCCAGGGUGGAAGGAUUCAUCAUCACUGCAUCACUGUCCUGUCCUCAAAACCAUGGUGCUCCCUCACACAUAACUUUGACCGUGACCGAAAAUGGGGCUUCUGUGCGCCGGAUAAAACCCAGCCAAAUGUUUUUGUCCACGCGUCACGCAGAAUCCCGAAUCCCUGCCAGGUGAAUCCGUGUCAGAACGGAGGCAGCUGCAUGCUGAUCCCACACAGACACUCCUUUGAGUGCUCCUGUCCAGAGAGCUUCAGCGGGAGACUCUGUGAGCAGAAAAAGUGCUAUGAAACCGUACACCUGCGCUAUUAUGACACCGGAGAGUCUUGGGGCCGGAUCCACCUCCGUAAUGUGGAACAGUGCACAUGUGUGGCAGGAGAAAUCAAGUGUGAAAGAGUGCGCUACACAACCUGUCGUUCCAACCCAUGUCAGAACGAAGGAACAUGUCGGAUGAUCACAGCCACCGGCAAAGAAGUGUGUAACUGCAGACGUGCAUACAGCGGGCUGUACUGCAGCUUCGAGCCAGAAACAGAGUGCUAUAACAGCAAGGGCAGAGCUUACCGGGGGUUGGUGAACACCACAGUGUCCGGUGCCCACUGCUUGCCCUGGGACUCAGACCUGCUGUAUGAUGAGCUCCAUGUUGGCACCAUGGCCUCCUCUCCCAACAAGGGCCUUGGGGAACACGCCUACUGCAGAAACCCAGAUGGAGACAAGAAGCCGUGGUGCUACACGCUAAAUGACGGCGCCAUCUCCUGGGAGUACUGUGACGUCCCCUCCUGUGUUAUGCCUUUGUGGGAGAAUCUUCCAGCUGAAAAAUCCAAAGUAUUCAGAAGAGCUUCCUCUAGAAGAAUGACCCUGCCUGCUGCUCGAAAACGGAACCCCUCCAAAUCAAGCAAAAAGCCUGUGUGUGGGAAAAAGCACAAGAAGAGGUUAUCCAUAGCCAGGGGGAGGAUUUUGGGUGGAACUUCUUCACUUCCUGGUACUCACCCUUGGAUGGCAGCCAUUUACACCGAACAAGAAGACUUCUGUGCUGGCACCCUGAUCUCGUCUUGCUGGGUCCUCUCUGCCGCUCACUGCUUCUUCCGCAACCCACUGAUGUCCCAAAUUCGCGUGGUCCUCGGACAGCACCAUUUCAACGCCACUGGCCUCAACACCAGGACAUUUGGAGUGGAGCGGUACAUCUUUCCGAGAAAGUUCUCCGUGUUUAAUCCAACGCUACAUGACAUAGUUCUGGUCAAACUGAAGAAGCAGAACGGAAGGUGUGUGAGGAGGACCCCGUUCAUCAGACCCAUCUGUCUCCCAGACAAAAACAUGACGUUCCCUGAUGAAUACUGCUGCACUAUUAGUGGCUGGGGACACAAGAAUGAGAAGGCAGAGAGUUACUCCAGUCUACAGGAAGCUGGAGUCAGACUGGUUUCUCACAGCACUUGUCGGAAACCAGAAGUUUAUGGCAACCAUGUCACUGCUGACAUGAUAUGUGCUGGGCUCAACGGCUGUUCCGACGCCUGCCAGGGUGACUCAGGGGGCCCACUGGCUUGUGCGAAGGAUGAUGUCAGCUUCCUGUAUGGGAUCAUCAGCUGGGGGGACGGCUGCGGACGCUCGGGAAAACCAGGAGUUUACACUAGAGUGGGGAACUAUAUUGACUGGAUCAAUUCAGUGAUCAAACGCAAACCAAAGGCUUCAUGAGCGGACAUUACCUGGACACUAGUUUUAAUAUAUUAGAUUUAAUAUUUUAUUAUUGUACUGUAUUCUGUUUUAUUUGUAUCUUUUGUACUGUGAAACAUGGUUCGACUGAAUAAACCUUUGCUGACUUGAGAAA